ACUGCCUGGCAAAAAAGAAAAAAGAGUGAGUGAGGACGGUGGUGGGAUGAAAGAGCAGAAUAGGGAGGGAAAAACCCCAAAAAGCAACCCCCAAGAAAAAGGGGAAAGGUGGCAAUUAAGGAGUUAAGCAGUAGGCAGUGCUGUAGGCCUGUGAAUAGCGCGGAGCUGCAGCACAGAGAGCUGGAUAGAGAUGUUAAGUAACGGAGACGAGGAGCGCCUCGCAGCAGUGCUGAACCGCAGCCGGACCCGGCACCCCCGCGCCCGGGCAAGACUUGCCACCUCUCUGCCCCGAGGCCCGGGCGGGCUCCCGCAGCAUCCUGGCGGCUCCGCAUGGCCGGGGCUGCCGGCCAGCCUGCUGUGAGGGUGCAUGAGGGGCCGCCGCAGCGCCCAGCUCGGCCAGCGCCGCCGGAGACGGGCAGGGAGGCGCGCCGGCUAGGGCCGCGCCAGUCCGCGGCGCGCUCGUCUGUCCGCGCCCGCGCCCGCACCGCUCCCGGACGGGCCGCGCGGAGGAUGCCCUCCUGACCGGGGCGUGCAGGGGGAGGAGACGUGAUGCUCGCCCAGGCAGACUCCGCACGGAGCUGGUGCAGCCGCUGCAAGCCUGGGCAGGAGCGAGGAGGCACCGGCGGGGCGAGCGGGCAGGAGGCAGAGCCCACCUCGGGGGAGUUGGGAAGCGACGGCGCGGCCCGCAGGUAGAGGUCUCUUAUCCUGAGACUGCAAUGAAUGGAUAUACACUAAACAAAGGGGUCCAGUCAGCAUUUCAUACCUGGACAAGCAUCCAGGGACCUUUCGUUCUUUGGCUGAAAAGGAGACAGUGCCAUUUCCAUUAGAGAAAUGCUUGCAAGAACCUGCGCCAAGGAGCUGAAAGCUGAGAAAGCCAGCGAGGGGAGCUGGGUCAGCUGAUCAGCUUUCAAAUCGCCUUCAAACACUCGAUUUUCUUAACAUGAUCCCUCCAUCAAUGGAGUCUCCAGGGCACCCCUUAGAAACUUUAGCAGGAGACGAAUAAGUGAAGCCAAGCAGAAGCAACCGUGAUACAUUUUGAGAAAUACCUCUUUUUCUGAGCACAAAAACAGGAACUGAAAAAUAUACUUUCAACUCCUUCCCCAACCACCUGGGACUUGAGAGAGUUCUGAGAUAUUUUUGUACGAGUUCGAGACCGCCCGCCUCAUUUUACCUUUGCAGCUACAGUCUCCUACCCAAAGUAAAUCCGGGAAGGAUACUCCAUCCGUUGCAAUAGCACCACGGGGGGAUUGACAGAAAGCCAUUGUCCUUCCUUCUCCACUUGCCGUAUAGCCGUCAUUCCCAGCCUGGUCUCGGACAUUGCAGCUACAGUUGCAAUAUUACAAUCACUGCCUUUGUUUUACAAUUUCCCACCCAACAUCCAAGCAAGGAAUGAAGGCGAUAUGGCCAAAUUAUUGGUAAAGUUCCAGCGUUAUUUUCGUCGGAAACCCGUUCGCUUCUUCACCUUGAUUGCUCUCUACCUGACGGCAGGGAGCCUGGUGUUCUUGCACUCUGGGUUUACGGGGGAGCCGACCGUCUCCGAGAAUGAGCCCAACCCUAUAGAAGGCACCAGCGAAAGGACAGAACUUCAGGACCUCGGGGUGCUUCAGCUCAACCGGGGAUUCAAGGAGGCGCCGGAGUCUCUGAACCCUGCCAGGAGAUUCGGGCCUUGGUUCAAGAGCACGUCCAAAGAUACCGCCGAGAGAAGCAAGGUGGGGGAUUAUGGUGGGACCUGGAGCCGGGCUCUCAAAGGCAGAAACGUGCGAGAGAAAGAGGAGGACAGAGCAAAAUACAUUGGCUGCUACGUGGACAACACUCACCAACGCGCCCUGCGUGGCGUGUCCUUCUUCGACUACAAGAAGAUGACAGUGUUUCGUUGCCAGGACAACUGCGCUGAACGGGGCUACCUGUAUGCAGGGCUGGAGUUCGGGGCCGAAUGCUACUGCGGACACAAAAUCCAGGCCGUGAACGUGAGCGAGGCGGAGUGCAGCAUGGAGUGCAAGGGGGAGAAGAGCAACAUCUGCGGAGGUGUGAACCGGCUGUCCAUCUACCGGCUGGAGCUGGCUCAGGAGUCUGCCCGGAGAUAUGGCAGCGCGAUCUUCCGCGGAUGCUUCCACAGGCCGGACAACAUCUCCAUAGCUUUGCCUGUGAGCCAGGUGAUGCUCAACAUGUCGGUAGACAAGUGCGUGGACUUCUGCACUGAAAAGGAAUACCCGCUGUCGGCCCUCGCGGGGACGUCCUGCCACUGCGGCUUCCCCACCACGCUCUUCACCCUGCACGAGCGUGAGGACGAGCAGCUGUGCGCGCAGAAGUGCACUGGCGAGGAUUUUGAGAGCUGCGGGACCGCCGAGUACUUCAUCGUCUACCAGACACAAGUGCAAGACAACCGCUGUAUGGAUAGAAGGUUUUUACCCGCUCGAUCCAAACAAUUCAUAGCCUUGGCAAGCUUCCCCGGAGCAGGCAAUACUUGGGCACGCCAUCUCAUCGAGCUGGCGACUGGCUUCUACACUGGGAGCUAUUACUUUGAUGGAUCUCUCUACAACAAAGGGUUCAAAGGCGAGAGAGAUCACUGGCGGAGCGGAAGGACCAUCUGCAUCAAAACCCACGAGAGCGGCCAGAAGGAAAUCGAGUCCUUUGACUCGGCCAUCCUGCUCAUCCGCAACCCCUACAAGGCCCUGAUGGCGGAGUUCAAUCGCAAGUACGGCGGGCACAUCGGCUUCGCUUCCCACGCCCACUGGAAAGGCAAAGAAUGGCCCGAGUUCGUCAAGAACUACGCUCCCUGGUGGGCCACACACACCCUGGACUGGCUGAAGUAUGGCAAAAACGUCCUGGUGGUGCACUUUGAGGACCUGAAGCGGGAUCUCUUUGUCCAGCUGAAGAGGAUGGUCAGCCUCUUGGGCAUCAUGGUCUUUGAAGACCGGCUCUUGUGCGUCGAGAGUCAGAAGGACGGGAACUUUAAGCGCUCUGGACUGAGGAAGUUGGAGUACGACCCCUACACCCCCGAGAUGAGGAAAAUGAUCAGCAAGUACAUUAAAACUGUGGACACGGCUCUGAAAGUCAGAAACCUCUCAGGAGUCCCAGAUGAUUAUUAUCCAAGAUGAUGACAAUGACAGUUGGGGGGGAAAGGACUCUUACCCGAACCAGAAAGGCUUGGUUUUCCCAGCCAGUACCUACUUCCACCCAGUGGGUGGCUUUCUUUUGAUUAUCCAUCUGCUGCUAUUAGCUGUUAAUCAACUCCAUGCAUGAGACCAGAGCGGUCACGAGUCAUUGCUGAGAAGACGCCUCGGCAAACACAUCGACGUGACUAAGCUCUUUGGGACCUGCAGCAUUGCGAGCCCGUGCUUGUGACAUGAAAACCUUCACCAUUGCCGUCUCUGACGUCUUCUCUUUCUUGCCGAGUGGGGUGCGCUUUCUUUUUUCUGUUUUACGCCAGACUCUACCAAGGAUGGAAUAAGGCCUAGAAAUGGCAGACGGGAGGAACAGCCCGUGAUUCAUUGUGGGAGGGUGGGGAAGGAAGGGUGACAUGGGGCUGAAUGGGGAUGUGGUGUUUCAAACUCAGAUCUGAUGUCAUUUCAGCUGGUGCAUCCCUUCCCAAUAAUAUAACUAUUUAUUUAUAACCUUCUUAGGGUCCUGGGUGGUGGUGGUGGGGCCAUAUUUGUAGCUGACAUUAAGAGCAAAGCUUAUUCUGUGUUUGCUGGGCCUCAUUCAGCUCUCAGGGCUCACUUCAGCAGUGCACCUUGGCAUAGACUUUGCUGUACCAACUUGAACUUAGGUUUUUCACAGGCCAAGUGACCUGACCACGGAGUUAUAGCAGAGGGAGGCCUCUGAGUCUCCUACAGGAAAUGUCCCCCAUUUGACAAAAUAAUUAAAUAUUCCUUAGGCUAAAGAGAGAGAGCAAGGGGCCGAGGCUGCCUCUACAGCCUAGCAGUCAAGGCCUGCAGGUGGGGUGCAGGGCUCCCAGUUCAAGUCCUUGUUCCUCCUCCUGCCCACAGUCGCGUGGUCCCCUGCAAUGUCCUCCCUCAGUGUUGCCUCCAUCAGGAGAGCAAGGCCAGCCAGGGGCAGGAUCCUGCCCUGGGUGCAAACAGUCCUGUCAUGAGUCCCGGAUAGCACCGUUACCGUUAGACCGAUACUUGCUGCUUCAUAAGCACAAGGUCAUCGCACAACGGGUCCACUUUCCCUCCCCACUGCAUCUGGCUGCCUUGUCCGGCAUGCCCAGGUCUCAUGAUAGGGAUGACCCUGCAUCAGGCAGGGGGUUGGAUAUCCCUGUGGAAGUCCCCUCUGCCCCUACUUCUAUAUGAAGUGCAGGGGCCACACAAACACCAGGUUGUCAGGCACAUUAGCCCAUUUGACAGGCUUUUUUUCCCCUGUCAAUUGGAAUGGAAAUGAAUAAAAGAGGCAAAUGAACCAAAGGGAGGGUGACCUUCUCAGCUGCUGGUCUCCUAAACUUGCGAGCCACAAACACCAGGGGAAGACCAUCAUCACUGCACCCACCUUUGGAGGAGUUCAACUCAUUGCUCCUAAGGCCAGCUCCUAAGACCCCUGGGCAGGUUGUCUCUCAGCCUGGAACUAGCUGGACAUUAGUGUUUGCAAAGUCUAGAAGUGGAUCUGGAUUCAAAGUUCUGUGGAGAGGGAAAGCGCAGAUCUGCUUGUCUGGUGCAGGCAGAUCUGGGCUCGACCUGCUGUAGUUCUCAGGCUGGAUCAAGCACCCCGUUGGAGUAACAGCAGAAAGGAUGGAGCCCUUAGCUGAUUAGAAUGGGAAAUCUCCCAGUUGAAGAGCACGCUAUACCAUCAUGACCCUUAAUGAGCCCUUGGUCUACAGGGAGGCACCAAGAAGGUUUUGAGAGAAGACGGGUUAGUGUAGCACGUCCCCCAAUCCCGACAGAGCCUGAUUUGCCAGGGAGACUUGUGAAGUCAACCUCGGAAAUCCUUUGAUGGGGGGGGGUCUGUUUUUCCAUGAGGACAUUUCUCUGUCAGCUGCCACCAAGGCCCAUAUUCAGGGGACA